AACCGCCGGCUGCCCGCCUUCCCUCCCUCCUGCUCCCCCCGCCGUCGCCUCUCCUCCCCGGCCUCCCUGAUGCCGAGGAAUGGAUAGAGCGGCUGCCCUGCGAGCCGCCGGCAUGCUGGAGAGGAAGGAGCGGAGCGGCGGCGAGGUGGCGGCCGGCAGCGGCGCGGGGUCCCGGGCGAGCGCGGUGGCGCGGGGCUUGCCGGCGGUGCGGAGCACGCUGCAGCAGUGCGGGCUGCUGCAGGACCUCAUCGACAUCUCGCUCUCCAACCUGCGCGGGCUCCGCACGAAGUGCGCCGCGUCCAACGACCUCACCCAGCAGGAGAUCCGCACCCUGGAGGUGAAACUGAUUGACUACAUCCACAGACAACGGCAGUGUAAGCUGAGUGUGCCCCUGAAUGACAGGACAGCAGAGCUCAACAGCUACCCAAGAUUCCAUGACUGGUUAGACAUUGUCAAUGUGAGGAAAGAAGUUGUACAGAGAAUACCCGAGGAGCUAACCUUAGAUGCCUUACUAGAAAUGAAUGAGUCAAAGGUGAAAGAAACAAUGAAGAGAUGUGGUGCCAGAGAUGAGGAGUGCUCCAGGCUCAAUGGGGCACUGAGCUGCUUACGGAAGGUGACUGAAUCAGGUGGGGAGAUAAAAGAUGAUGUGCUGAUGAAUCUUUCUGAGGCACGCCGAGAGAACAGCUCUACAAACACGACCGAAUCGCCCUGCUCUUCCGCACCCACAUGGACUCCCUCUGCCUCUGCACUGCACCUUCCCAAGGGCAACAGCCAGCAGGCUCGUUCUGUCUCAGUAUCUACAAUCCCAUCUUCAGAUUCUCUUGCCUCGAGUCACGGACCUUCUAUCUAUGCAGAAAACCUCCUGGACCCUUUUUCAUUCCCCGCACACAGUGGAAGGUUAACGCCAAGGACUCCUCACAGCAUCACCAUCACACCACCAACCACUCCUCAAGCCAAGCGUCGGCAUAAGUUUAAGCCACCACGGACUCCUCCUCCCCCUUGCCGGAAGGUUUUUCAGCUGCUGCCUAACUUUCCAACCCUCACAAGAAGCAAGUCUCAUGAAUCACAGUUGGGAAACAGGAUAGAUGAAGUUCCUCCAAUAAAGUUCGAACUCUCCCAAGGAUCCCCUCAAAUGGUACGAAGAGAUUUUGGCUUAGCCGUAACACACAGGUUCUCUACAAAGUCUUGGUUAUCUCAGAUUUGCCAAGUCUGUCAGAAAAGCAUGAUGUUCGGGGUGAAGUGUAAGUACUGCAGAUUAAAAUGUCACAACAAAUGUACUAAAGAGGCACCUGCUUGUAGAAUAUCCUUCCUUCCCAUAACAAAAAUAAGAAGAACGGAGUCUGUCCCUUCUGAUAUCAAUAAUCCAGUAGACAGACCAACAGAACCACAGUUUGGAACUCUUCCCAAAGCACUAACUAAAAAGGAGCAUCCACCAGCAAUAAAUCAUCUGGACUCUAGUAGCAAUCCUUCUUCUACAACCUCAUCCACACCAUCUUCUCCAGCACCUUUCCAGUCUUCCAACCCUCCUAGUGCAACACCUCCCCCAAACCCAUCUCCUAUGGGCCAGAGGGACGGACGAUUUAAUUUCCCAGCUGCCUACUACAUUCAGCAUAGACAACAAUUUAUCUUCCCAGAAAUUCCCAGUCCUGCACAAAUAGCACAGCCUCCAGAAACAGCGGCAGACACUAAUGCUCAUCAACAGCCAGAGGCAGAUGGAGUUGAAUGUGAAGCAGAGGUGGAAGAACAAGAGACUAAUAAAUCAGAACCUGAAGAUGAUGAGGAUGAGGUGGAAGAUUUGCCAAACAGACGGCCACACUUGCAAGGGAUGAUUUAUCGCAAACCUAGCCAGACCAGCGUCUACCUGCAAGAAUGGGACAUUCCCUUUGAACAGAUUGAACUGGGGGAUCCUAUUGGCCAAGGACGAUGGGGGAAGGUUUACAAGGGAAAAUGGCAUGGGGAAGUGGCCAUCAGGCUGCUGGAGAUAGACGGGAACAAUCAGGAUCAUCUCAAGCUCUUUAAGAAGGAGGUGAUGAACUACAGACAGACGCGGCAUGAGAACGUGGUACUUUUCAUGGGAGCAUGCAUGAACCCUCCUCAUUUAGCAAUCAUUACCAGCUUCUGCAAAGGAAGGACGCUUCACUCGUUUGUAAGGGACCCCAAGAUAUCCCUGGAUAUUAACAAAACCAGGCAGAUAGCACAGGAGAUCAUUAAGGGCAUGGGCUAUCUUCACGCAAAGGGGAUUGUACAUAAGGAUCUGAAAUCCAAGAAUGUUUUCUAUGACAAUGGGAAAGUUGUGAUCACUGACUUUGGAUUAUUUGGAAUUUCGGGUGUGGUGCAGGAAGGAAGGAGGGAGAAUGAAUUGAAGCUGCCUCAUGACUGGUUAUGCUACCUGGCCCCUGAAAUUGUUCGCGAGAUGGCCCCUGGGAAAGAUGAAGACAAGCUGCCUUUCUCCAAAGCUGCAGAUAUCUAUGCCUUUGGGACUGUGUGGUAUGAGCUCCAAGCGAGAGAAUGGCCUUUCAAGAACCAGCCUGCAGAAGCACUCAUCUGGCAGAUUGGAAGUGGCGAAGGAGUGAAACAAGUCCUUGCAACUGUUAGUUUGGGGAAAGAAGUCAACGAAAUUCUCUCAGCGUGCUGGUCAUUCGAUCUCGGUGAGAGACCUAGCUUCACUGUCCUCAUGGAUAUGCUUGAAAAACUGCCAAAAUUGAAUCGUCGGCUCUCCCACCCAGGGCAUUUCUGGAAGUCUGCUGACAUUAACAGUAGCAAAGUUGUCCUGCGUUUUGAAAGAUUUGGCUUGGGAAUCCUGGAACCAAGUAAUCAAAAGCUAUAGCGUGGUGUGUGAUUGUCUGUGAGAAUGUUGUCUGCCUCCUUACACAAACAUCACAAGCCUUCACUCAAUCCUCCGAGCUCUGAAACUGGGGCAGCCGCCGCCGAAAGCCGCACGACCAUCACUUCCCAGUCCCGUGGUGUUUGUAAAGUCUGAAUUCUGCCUGAGCACCAGCAGUUAUUUAAAGAAUGUUUACAUGAUACUUUUGUGUGAACUAUAUUUUUUAAACAUAAUAAACAGUGAAUCAAGUUUAACUACAGCCAUUCUCAAAUAGCACUGAAAGAAAGAACUAUUUCUAGUUCCUGUUCAUGUCUGUGGUAAAGAGACCGACCGUCUGCCUGCAAAGCAGUUGUUUCCCCGAGAGCGGUGGGACCAGCUUGUUUCAGAACGGCAGCGCACCCAGUGCAAGGGGGGGCAGUUCCAGAGGGCAAUUUUCUUUCCUUAAGGUAAAAAUCAAUCUAUUGCCCAAACCAGCCAUUGAGCGCUGAGGUCUAUUUCAGCGGGGUUGGCCCAAGCUCUGGAGUUACACCAGUACAAAUCUGCUCCUGCUGGGAGAGUUUCCAGUCACGUAGGCUGGGUCUCAGUUAAAGACUUGAGCGCUCUCCUACACAGAACUCACACUGAAAGCUCCUUGUCCUCAUACGAUCCUGGAGGAAGCUUAAGACUUGCUGGCCUUUAAAAAAAUAAAAGCACGACUUGAUACAACUCUGUGCACAGGGGCCAAAUUCCUCUUUUGAAGUUUUAGGCACAAGUCCUAGUCCCCUAAAGGAGCAGCAUUUCUGGAAAUAUAACUCUGACCAACCCGACUCAACCGUUUCAUUUGUAGAAGAAAAGACAUUUUCCAGAGUGGCAGGGAACGGCGAGAGGGACGAGAGAAGGGAAAAAGCCAUCCCUAAAUAAUGCAUUAAAUAGGGGCUGACGCCCAGGGCUUGGCACGACAUUCAAAGGCAGUGCCCCCCCCCACAUACACACGCAGCGUUGCUGGCUCCUGCAGCCUCACACAUUGCCCUUUGCAAGCUACUUGUUUGAAAAAAUUUAGGACUAAACAGUGGUUUUGGGGAAAACUAAGAACGACAGAAAUCUUGUAGCCAGGACAGUCAUAUCUUGCUCUAGAGGCCCCGACCCAACCCAACAGCUCAGACGUCUUUCAAAGGUUAACUUUAAGACCAAAACCCCAAAGCACACCCUAUCCACGUAAUAUGCAGGUUGUAAAGGAGACGGCCGAUGAGUACAUUUAAGGUGACAGAGGCAUUAUCCCACAAUUGCAGCAGCGUUGGCAGAGGCUCCCUCAUCCCUCCCAUUCACCCACGCACAUGCAGACGCCCCCCCCUCCCUUUCGCUGCCACCACAAGGCUUUGGCAUGAGGCUGACGGGGAGAGGGGCUCUGAAGUCCUCUGUGGGGCUGGCAAAGGGGCAGGUGCCCCCUUUGGCUACUUACGGGGGGCUGACUGUUGUAGAAAAUCAAGUGGCAAAAGUAUUUCCUGAGUUCUGUUGAGCAGAGAGCUUCACUCCAGCUACGUGCAAGUCAGUUAUAUUCUCUUUUAAAUAUUUGGACAGAGUGACUUUCGAAGUGUGCCUCAGCUGUAAAAUGGGUGGGUGGUAGCCAAGCGUGGCAUUGCGGUGCUCUCCUGACCUUCCUCUCCCCACCUUUAUAAAGCAAAUAAACCCCCUCCAGCUCUACUGAGUAUUUAACCUGCACCACUGGGGGGUCUUGACGACCCGCCGACCCGCCGCUGUUCUCUCAUGAUAGUUUUGUGCGUCAGCAGUUUUAAGCAGAAGUUGUUCUCCCUGCUUAAAUAACAGCCGCGCACCACCGACCCAGAGCGGGGAGGGAGGUGCUGCUCUGCACCAGCAACACGCCGAGCCCCCGGCGGCGCUCUGCGUCUGGCCCUACAGCCCCGCGGCGGCUGCUGCCGGCUGCGGCGCGUUGCUCUGCGACCUGGGGUUCCGAGCCGCCCUUCAGCUCGCCCUGUGUUUGAGGGCAGCAGCGGCUCCUCACAGGGUGUUCCUGCAUCUCCGUGCACAGAAUGGGUCCCGAGACCCGGGACACCCGGAACGCCCCAGUCGCCCAGCUCGCACAUAGACAGUGUUUCCUCGUGCACCAGCAGUAACGCUGCUCUGCAAGUGUGAGCUACGCUGAACAAGCAAUAUAUUCUCAAUUUUUUUUCUGAUAAGAUGACUGGCUAGGAGGAGGACAGCCAGUGCUGGAUGACCAGCCAGAUUAAAACAAUUUAAAAAAAAAAAAAAAAACAAACAAAAAACCUAUCACCUUUUGUCCUUCCUGUGGCUGCCCUCAGGUCCAAUUCCCACACAGCCUGUGCGGACUCCGGCGCCCUGGGCUGUGUGUCCCCUGCUUUCGGCAGGGCCUGGGACCUCACAUCCUUGAGCUGCACUUCAACGUGCGCCGAACGCUAAUGGGAACGUCCCAGCUGAGCACUGCCCCAGUGCCCCGCUGGGAACACGGCCCUGCUGCUCCAUGCUCCAAAACCGGCCGUUAGACACGAGAUUUGGGAUUCCAAUUCAAUCUGACCUUGCUUUUGCGUUUAACACCCAUAAAUUGCUCUCAAAAGCAAACCCAGCCUCCUGGAGCCAGUGUAUCGGAGAGGAGAGGCCGAUGACUGGCUCUGGGAUAAUUUCUGUUUUAAUCAGCUGGUGUGAGACACAGCACUCGACGAAGCGGUGGGGAGCGGAGCUCGUACCCCUCUGCGUGUCGCAAACCAAGCGGGAGUCGCUUGGUUGCGUUGUUGUGUGUCACGCGCCCCGUCCCCUCCUGUGCUGGCGGGAGGGCGCGGGGCAGGCGAGCCUGUGCCAUGUCGGGUUGUAAAUGUGAAGCUGGCUGUAAAUGCUGCUACAAAAGCCACGCGUCAGUAGUGAAUGUAAAUGGAGUCUGUAAUAUGGUGAAAAUGGACAUGUUUUCUUUUCAAAUGUGAUGUAAACUUUGUACAGUAAAAAAAUUUUUUUUUAUAUUUUCUAUCAACUGAGUGUCUUCCAGAAUUGCUAUUAAAUUAAUUAAAAAUUGUUAGUAUUAACAACAGUUUCUGUAUUAGUUUAUGCAACCAGAAAAAAAAAAAAGAAAAAAAAAAAAGAGUGCACUCUAUGCUAAUGAAAUUCUGGAUAUGUAGGAA